UAGUUGGUGGCAGUCAGCUUUUGGAAAGUGGCAUUGGUGGAGGCAUAAAUACGCCAAACAACGUAGCCAACAGCAACAGUGGGAGUGCCAACAAAAACAAAAACCAGAACAACCUCAGUACCAGCAUUAUAUCCAUGACUUCCACGACCACAACAACAACCACAAAUACAAGCAACAAUGCCACAAUGAAGACCACAACCACUCCAAACAUCCCAGGCAACAAUAUUGGCAGCAAUAUGAACAGUAUCAACAACAACACACCCACCAACAAUACUACAAACAACGCUGCAAACAACAUCAACAGCCAAAACAAACCAUGGAGCAGUGCAGCAAGCGCUGGAGCAGCAGCUGGUGGUUCCCCUGGGGCACCACUCCCACUGGAUGGUGGUCCCCUACCAUCCUCCUCAGUCCAACAGUCGCCGUUUUUUCAGCGGGAGUUCCCCAAACUUGGUGGUGGCAAUUCACUAGCAGAGUCAUCGCCUCAGUAUGGGCCGGGCCCCAGCUUACGGCCACAGACAGAGGGAAGUUGGAUUCAGGGUGGUGGACGUGGUGUAGCUCAAGCACCGCAGGAUGAGCGCCUGCCCAGUCCACAAAACCCAGGCACAUUUAAUGCAGGCGAUAUUCAUCCCCCGAAUCGUAAUCAGGGGAUGGGAUCAAGAGGGACCCCUCCUGGUGGUCCUUCAGGAGUUCCGGGGGGCCCUGUUGGUCCAAUUGGGCCAGCACCACCUCAUGGUCCUACACCACAGUAUAGAGGAGUUGUUCCUCCUUAUCAAGUAAUGCGUAAUAGCUUCCCUGGAGCCUUUCCCCCCAAUUACCCAGGUCAUCCUCGUGCUCCCUACGUGCGUGACCAGAGGUAUAGAGGGAAUGGACCCUCCCCUUCAGGCAACAGUGAGGAAGAUAUAGUUGUGCCUCCUCCUAUUAUAAAGAAGGAGGCCCUGGAAGGGUUUGAGGAUGAUCCAUGUGUUACAGAAGGCUGGGCUACUAGUGCAGCGGAAGUUGAUUAUAACCAAAAAUUGAACUUCAGUGAAGAUGAAGUUGAUGCCCUACGAAAUACAGAACGGAAGUCGGAUCGAAGGGAUAGAUGGGAAAAAGACAGAGGCCGUGAUAUAGGCCGAGAGUCAGAGGAACGCCGUGAAGUGUCUAGAGAACCUGAGAGAGAAUCUGCCAUGCGAGAGAAAAAUCCCCAAGGUUCUAGAGAACGUGACAAUAGGCGUGACGUGGCUGAAGAACGUCGGGAUCGUGACCGCAGAUUCUCUCCAGGUGACCCUGAAAGGUGGCAACACCGAGGAGGUUUUGAUUAUCGUGGAGGAUCUGGUCGUGAUUAUGGGGGCCCUCAGAAUUCUGGGAACCGAGGCUGUCCCCCCCAACAUGUGCAGGCACACACCUCCCCCCAUACUGUACCUGCAAACACCUCUGUGCAUCCCCCAUCUCGCCCACCCUCUCUCACCCCUGUGCAUCCUCCAACUCAUCAGCUAGCUCAUGCACCAUCAUUGUCACCAUCAUCGCACCCCAGGGAAGAAGAGGAUUCAUGGCGUGAUAAACGAGUCCCUGGAGAUGAGGUACAGGUUGCCUUGGAGCGUGCAAGGCAGCGCCAUGAAGAGGAGGAGAAGCGUUAUGAAGAGAAGAAAAGGUUCGAGCAGAACAAAGUUAUCAAGAAGUCCAGAGAUCCAAGGGUUUUUGAUGAAAGGGAGAGAGAAGAACCUGAUAAUGUCAGGGAACGCUCACGUGGCAGUAGUGAGUCAAGGGAUGAUAAGCCUCCCAGCCGAGAUGGGCGGGACUAUCGGCAACACCCAGACCGCCGAGAAAACUAUAGGGACAGUUACAGGGAUCAUCCACGUGAGCAAUAUGACAGACCUUUUGAUAGACGCGAUGGACAGCGGGACUCACAGCCAGUGUUUUCCUCGCAGUUCAAAAGCAAGCUACCUCCGAGGUUCCAGAAACAACAACAGCAACAAGAGAUGAUGCGUGCAGGAGGGGGCGGCCAACCCUUCCGUGGACAAAAUUCACAGGCAGCUCCAUUAUUCGAACCACGCUUUGGUUCUAAUGCAGGAGGAAGGUUUAUGAAUCGGGAUAAUGAAAGUAAAGAGAGGAGAAUGAGGACAGACAGUGAUACCUCUGGGGAAAUCACAGAUGAGAGGCCAGCAAGUGGACUUUCAGCAGAACGUCACAGGGAUGAUAGAGAGGAAAGGCUGGAUCGCCCUGACCAGAGAGACUAUAGAUAUGAUCGAUCUGAUAGAAAUGAUAGGUCAGAGCGCCUAGACAGGAUUGAGAGACCUGAAAGAUCUGACCGCUCAGAGCGCAUUGACAGACCUGAUCGCCCAGAGAGAAUUGACCGAUCAGACCGUGGGGAAAGAAUUGAUAGGCCUGAUCGUUCAGAAAGAAUUGACAGGCCUGAUCGUUCAGAGCGCAUUGACAGACCUGAGCGAGUGGAACGACCAGAAAGGGUCGAUUCCCGAGGCAGAGAUGAAUUCUACGAUAGACCAGAUAGAGAUGGGAGGUAUCGAGGCCGCGGCUCCCAAGGAAAUUAUAGGGAUCGGGACCGUGAUCGCGACCGUGAUCGGGAUCGGGACCGUGACCGUGAUUGCUGGGCACGAACCUCUUAUUAUGAAAAGUUUGAGGAACGUCUUGAGCCACGAGACUUAGAUUAUGAUAGACGGCGAAACAUGAAUGGUGAAGAUUGGAACAACCGGGGCAGAGACUUUGAAAGGGAGGGAAGCAAGGGCCGUAAAGUCUUUGAUGAUAGAAGUGACCGCUCUGACAGGAGCGAGAACUUCCUUGAGCGCCGUAGUGACAAUAAAAUAGAGUCAUGGGGUCGCUCAUAUGAAAUUGACCCUGUUAUUCCUAAGGAACCAGAUUAUGAUUCGGGUGAGCUCCGGAUGGUGCAUAAAGAAUGGGACAAGGAAGUAGAAGCUGCAGAGAAGCAGAUGGAGCUGCGCGAUGAAAUGCGUGACAGGCCACAGCGACCCGACAGCCGAGACAGUCGAGCCAGCAGGGAUUCGCGAGCUAGCAAGGAUUCCUUUGAGCGAUGCCCCUCAAGUGCACCAGCAAGGGAAAAGAAAUUGGAGAUAACUUCCUGGGCCGAUGCCACCUAUGAGUAUGAUGACUAUUACAGAUCAGAAGGCAGAGGGGAAGAAUUUGGUCGAGAACAGACCCUCUUAGAGUCUCCAAAGAAAUUAGAGGUCAAAGAGGAAAAACCCCCCAAAGGAAAUGAAGAGGAAGCAACAAAAGAAGAGAAAGAGAUUCACCGUGAAAUGCUAAAGGAAGGAGCCCGUGCUACUCAUGCUCCAGCUCCCAUCACCAGGGAGAGACUAGAGGCCUCAGACAAGGAAAAAGAGAUAAGAAAAAACAUGACAACACUCAAAAAGUCUCAGGGAGAACCUGUAAGGAAGAUAGAAGUGAAAGAAGUGGUUCAUCCCAAGGAACAGAGAGACAAUGUUUGGGCGAGCCGUUCAAAAAACGCAGAACGCUCCCGCCCCGAUUCCAGCGGUUUGGCAACAACCACCACCAGCACAGCCGGCAACAACACAACCAAGGCCGUGGAGUCCAACAUAUGGGGCGUGGCCAAACAAACAACCACAAACAGCGAGAGCACCUCCCCAAUCACUACAACAGCCACAACAGUAACUGUGAGUCAGGUCAGCAACACUAUCACCAACACCACCAACACCGGCACCACAGCCACCGAGGGAACAGCACCAACAGUGGCAAGGGUGCCUACUCCUCAAGAGCCAAUUGGCACCACACAACCAGCACCACAGCCGAUGCAGCAGCAACCUCAGCCAUUAAUGCAGAUCCAGCACCAGCCACCAAUACAGCAACAACAGUCACAACAAAAUCAGAAACCUCAACCGCUGGCCGGGACCACAUCAGAAACCACCACCACUACAACCACUACUCUGGCACAAGGGUCUUCUCAAACAGCAACCGGCGGAAGAGAGACCACUGAGGGGAAGAGUGGAGAAGUGGCUGAGAGGGAGAGUGCCGAGCGGGGCGGGGGCAGCAAACCAGUGUCGUCUGGAGGCCGUGGCAGCCGUGGAAAUCGCUACGAAUCCUCCCGAAGUGGAGGUCGCAGUGGUGGACCCAGAGGUAGCACCUAUCCUGUUUACCGUGGUGGCCGAGGGAGUCGCAGUGGGGACUUCAACCGCAGAGGAAGAGGACCACCACCAAGAUUCCAAAAGCGCAACUACAGAGGUGAAGAGGAAUAUUAUUAUGAAGAUUACCAUCCACGUUCUCACCGUGAACGAAAGGAUGAUUGGAGCAACAGCUGCGAGGGAGACUGGAACAGCCAAGGAGGUGGAGGGAAUAGCAACAACACCAGCAGCAACCAGAACACCAACAGUGGCUCUGCUCAACCCAACAACCGGGAGGAGAGCGGCGAUGGUGAGCGCUCCCAGUUAGGUCGAGGUGGCGGCCGGGGGCGUGGGGAAGCCAGGCGGGGAGGCUCCAGGGGUGGUGGAGCAACAGGAGCUUCAGUCCCUCAGGGCCAUGCUGGGGGCAGGGGGCGGUCAGCACCAGCACACAGUGUUAGUGGUGGUGGUGGUGGUGGCAAGGCAGGUACUGCUGAUGAGGGUAAAGCAACUGUUGUAGAGGCAGGACAGACAGAUGCUGCUGGACGCAAGCUGCAACAACAGCAGAGUAGGUUUGACCGUAUGCCACCUAGAUUCCAGAAACGUCGUGAAUUUGAGCGUCAAAGAAAUGGCGUCAGUGGAAGUGGUGGUGGUGGUGGCAGCAGCAGCAAUAAUGGUGGUGGUGGUGGUGGAGGGGGUGGUGGCGGUAGCAAGAGAGGUCGAGGGACACCUGUGUCAUCAUCGGUCUUGGGCUCUGGGGGGGUCGGAGUGGUUUUAACGCCAGCAAACAAGCCAGGUGUAAAAGAAGGGACUCCUGAGACAACUGAAGAGGCUGAUUGGGAAACAGCAUCUGAAAGUAGUGAUCCUGAGGCUCGGAAGGAGAACAAAGAGAAGGCUUCGAACCCAGCCCCUAAACCCGACCAUCGUAAGGGAAGCAAAACAGACAGGAAGAUCGGUGGUGGUAGUUGGGCUCCCUCAUCAGGUGGGGGGUCGUCCCAGGGCCGCAAUUCACUUGGCAAGGAAUCUAAAGUUGAUGGCCCAGGUGCUCCCCAGAGUGCCAGCCAGCAGAGGUUUGGUGAGAAGAAGGCUCCCCAUAAAAAUGAAAGAAAUAAGAGUGGACCAACAAGUGGAAAGGGCACAAAAAAUGAAACUACUGUCAAUCAAGUGCAUGAGAUAAAGUUAAACCCUAACAUGGUACAUCAGGCUCUCUCUGAAGUCAACAACAAAAGUAAGCCCAAGCAAGAGAAAGCCAACCCAUUGGAGGGCAUCGACUUGAAUAAUUAUGCUAGUGUUGUGAUUGUAGAUGACCAGCCACAGGUUUCUGAACUCAUCGGUGAUAUUCUUGAUUCCAAUGAUGGCUUUCAGCAAGUCACAAGACGCAAGUCUGGCAAGGAAAAGGGCAAGCCAAUGCCUGAGGAAACAGUCUCUGCUGCCGCUGCUACUGCAGUAGUUACAGAGGCAACAGGAACAGCUGGGACAACUACUGUGUCUGGACCUGCUCCUUCCUCUAAUGCCAAAAAACAACCUAAAGAGAAGAAGAGUCGAUCCAGCAAGUCAAGUGGAUUUGAGCGAUCUCGUCAGAGUAAGCUACCCCCAAGGCUAGCCAAGCAGCGAGAAAAUAAUCGUAUAAAUGCUAUAAAGAAUGCUGGCUCAUGUAGCCCAGUUGAAUCUCCUACCAACACACUCUUCCCAGUAAAAGACUCUGCUUCAUUGCCACCACCAAAGAAUGCUUGGGAUAAACCCCUAACAGCAACAUUGAGAGCAAACUCACCUUCCCAGGCUGCAGCAGGAGCAGAUGGGGUCAGCCAGGGUGGAAGCAAACCACCUUCAUUCGAUAACCAUGACAGUGGUGUUGAAAUUAGUGACCAGCCCAACUCUGGUGGCAGUAGUCAGCGGUCAAGUCCAAGUGAUGACCCAACUAACUUUGCUAAGGUUGAUAAAACAACAUUGGAUGGGACUUCAGUUCCUUCCCAGACCAUCAUUUUUGAGAACACCAAUUUCAAGGCUGCAGGAACCGUAAAUGCUACUGUUGGUGCCGAGUAUAAGGCCAAAUUUGGCGAAGCUCCAAAACCUCAGAGACAACGUGAAAGCAGAGACAGGAAGAGUGCUUCUCCAGAGGCAUCCCUUGCCAUAAAAGAGGAGAAGGAUAAAAAGUCUGAAAAGCCUGAACCAAUUGAAUUGCCACUGAGUUUCUCUACCAAAGUGGAAGAAAAUGGUGCUGAUAUGAAGUUAGACUUUACUUUUGAUUCUGAGCUAGCAGAAGUGCCAGGAUCUGUGAGCACCAAGGGCAUCAGCCUUCCAAGAUCACUGGUGAUGACAUCUGGAAGUAUGCAGAGCCCUAUUUCACCAUCAACAGAUGAUCUAAACUUGAAAAUUGCAUCUGUCAAGAAGGUCUGGGAAACCAUGGCACCUGUGCCAGAGCAUGCUGAAGAUGUCACAAGUUCAGUGGCAUUUUCUACUGCUAGUUUCUCUGCUGUGGAUAGUGUUGCAGGACUUGAUCAUUCACCUGCAUUAGAGUCCUCAUUCACAACAAAGGAUUCAGCAACUGUUGGGAAUUGUGAGGAUCCUUCUCAAGAUGUUGGUGGAUACCAAGGAGGAUCACCGCUACAGCAGGGAGCAGCUAUGGGCAGCGGAAUGGUCUAUACCUCAUCUGUUGCAGCAUACACAUCAUCAGCAGCAUACACAUCAUCAGCUGCAGCAUCCUUAGCCAAGGCUGAAGUCAGUCGCUCUGGCAAUGUGUGCAAGGUAAAGCCUCAGCAACAAGCAGCAAGCAGUUCAGUGUCCCCAGGCCCAGGAGGAUCAUCCUUGGGGAUCCCCAGUGGAUCUUUGUCACCACCUCUGGCUUCAGGCUCAGCUGGGCCAUCCAAUAACAGCAUCUAUCAAGCCUUGAGUGGAGCUGCUGCAUUUGGUGGCAUUGGUGGAACCAUUCCCUCACCUCCCAUGAUGUAUAAUUCAAACCAGCAGCUGCCGCAGACUGGCCUCUACCAGCCAUUUUUGGAUGGUGCUCCUGUGCUGGGACAGAGAGGAGCAUCACAGUUCUCACAGUAUCCACCAUAUGGUCUUGGUCAAGGGUUGGGAAGCAAUGCAUUUGGUCAGCAGUCCAUGUUCUUGCAAACACCACCACCACUCACAACACCAGCUGAUCUCUAUACCAACAACCUAUCGCAGUACCGCUUACAGCCUGCUGGCUUUGGGCAGAGUCAACCUCAGAACCAAAAUACAGUGUUGAUAUCAUCUGCAUCAAACUCCCUAAUGUCAUCAGCAGUGAAACCCUCUUCACAAACUUUCGGCAAUUCACAGCAGAAUUUUGGUACCAUUGGGUCUAAGGCUGGGACACCAUUCCAGCAGAGUGGCCUAGGAACUGCUUUGCAAGGUGGUCCUCAGCCCUCGCAAUUGUACAUAUAUGAUCCCAGUCAGCCCAUGGGUCUCUUAGGAUCCCAGCUGGUCCAGCGACCUGGCGUGCAAAAUUCUGUUAUUCAGACAAUACAGCAGCCAAGUUCUUUCUACUCAAACAAUGGUGCUGGAGCCCCAGGAGGUCCACCUGCAGCACCUCCAGCAGGUCCUGGAGGCCCACAGCAGCCAGCAGGGUUCUACACUGCCUCUGGAUCUCCCCUUCAAGCAGCAGUGCAGCAGCAAGCACAGCCACCUCUGCAGACUCCACCUGCAGCCUAUGGCCUACAAGGCUUUGGUAAUCAGUCUCAACCUGGACCAGCAGGUGUAGGAAUGCAGGGUUUUGGGUCUAGUAUGGGCCUUGCAGCACAGCAACUAGGAGCUCAGCCAUUUCGAGGUGCUCCCACACUUCCUGCAAGCUUCCUCAAGUCAUUGCAACCUGGAGCCAACAUUCAGGAUACUGCCCGCCAGCAGCUCAAGUCCCCAGGAGCUGGGCAGAAUUCCUUCUCAUCAACAUUUUUCCCAACUUCAAGUGGUAUAUCCUCAUCUGUAAACAACAGCUGCAGCACCAGUAGUGCACAUACUGUGUCUGGAGUACCACAAAUAUCUUCACCCAAAACUCAGAGCAGAAAAAUGGCAUCUCAGCCUGGUUUGUCACACCAAAGCUCAAAUAGGAAUGCCUCAUAUACAUCUCAGAAUACAACACAGAUGAUGGGUGGAAGUUUAAGGUCUUCAGGCAUGGUAAUGGGUCUGCGUGGCCAGUUACCCAUGGGCACACAAACUCUGAGUGGCCCAACUCCUGGAAUGGCCUCUAACUCGCGCUAUCCAAAUCCUGGCCCCAUUCAGCGGCCACCAGCAGCCCAGGGCUCUGGCAGCAGUGGCAGUCAUCGUGGUGGCCGUGGCCAGUCACAGGGCCAGCAGCAGCAGUCCCAGCAGAGGAGCUCCAACCCCCCCAGCUCAGCCCAACAGGCCAAGUUGCGGGCAGAUGCUUUGAGCACCACCCAGGCGUUCUUCAGUCGGGAAGCUGGAAAAUCAGAGAAGAAAGGUGAAGACAAGCAAGCAGAGUCAAUUUCAUCCACCAAGGAGGAGCUUUCUGUUGACAAGGUGUCAGCUACACCCUCCACAGCAGCUGAUGGCCAGCCAAAAUGAAGCCUCGUGUGAUUGCGGAGGCUUCCGUGAAAAAUGAAGCGAGGCAUUUAGCUGUCCGAAAGUGCAGGUGGUAUUCAAUGGACCGUGUAUCAUGAUGGUGACAAAGUUUGAAUUUAUUUUUUCUUCCUUAUUUUAAAAGAUCAUGUUUUAAUUAUCCAUAAAGUUAUUCUUUCUUUUUUUAUUACCAUUAUUUUUUCUUAAGACGAGAAAGUUCUUAUCUUUGGAAGAAGAUUUAUAUCAGUAAUGAAAAAAAAAAAUCGUAAAUAAAAUGAUAAACCCAGUGGCGAGGCAAGAUUUGCUGUGGUUGAACAAUUUGAUUUUGUGGUUUAUUUCUAUGAAAGGCAAAGUGCGUAAUGUUGAGUGAACUUUAUUUUUCUCUAUUUGAAAAGCUUUCAACGCUGUGCUAGAAACAUAGACAUGAUUGAUGCUAUGGUUUCUUUUAGAAGUGUUAAAAUGCAUAUGGACGGUGCAUAUGUUACUCUUGGUUGAUUUUUGUAUCUUGUCAGUUAAGUAAGGACUCAGUGGUACUGGGAAGGGCACCUGUGCUUGUUUAUUUAAUACAAGAAGAUACUACUCCACUAAAGGAAAGUAAGUGUGUAAUGCACAUGAGUCUCUCUUCUAGUUGUUAAAUGAUUUCUUUUGGUUUACUGGCUCAGGAUUGAUGGUUCCUGUAGCUACUACAGAGUAGGGUUAGAAAUGAGCUUUUUAAGAAAAGGAGGGUGUUACCCUUUGGAAGAUAUCCCUCUUGUGAAAAUGCUAUAGAAAGUAAUGCUGAUCACUAUAUAAGAACAUUUUUGAAGCCUAAGACAUUAUUACUGGCAUUUACAUAAGAAACAGGUUUACAUUGACAAUGUAAAGAGCGUGACCAAAGUGCAAGAGGCGUUUGAUGAUGGGUGAACCCUGCCAAUCUUACACCAUAGAGAAGAGAGUAAUGACCAGGCCAUGGGUAACCCGUGACGCUGUCUUGCCUGCUGGCCAUGGCGCCAACUUGCUGCUGAGGAACCUGGGGAAACUGGGGCCAUUGCUAAUGUUAUGGGACACAUGGCGACAGAAUACACACCCAUUACCUGUUCCCUUGUUAUUUUCAGGGAAAGGGUUAGGCACCCCUGGCCACCAUGCUCUACUGUCACUGCCCCUGAUGGUAUGCUGUCUGGCUAGCUGAGGUUCCAAUAUGUUAUUGUAACUUGUGGCAUUUUACCAUGUGUAUGACUUGAUAUCGUUCCCUCAUUGUUACGCUGUUGAAAAGCGCACUGUAUGGGCAACUCUGGGAAGGCUUCGUGUUGCUUCACGUGGCAGUGGCAGCUAGUGGGUGUGGCAAGAAUUACAAUAUUGGCUGCGGCCUACCCAACCAACCACACCUGCAUACCACCCACGUGGCACGCCUACGUCACAGUCUUUUAAUUUUAAUUGGCCCCACACUAUUGAAUGGAUGGGACUCUUUUAGACCCCUCAGCUUUUAUACUGAUCCAGAGCGAGUGAGGGGCCCCGCCCCCUCCUCAACACUCUUAGCAGCAAGUUCAACACACCUUGUGUAGUUGUCUUAUUGCAAUAAACUCAAUGUCUCCUGGAGUGUGUGUUACUUUGCAAUCCUUAUGAGCUAGCUUAUGAUAGACAAAGUAAGCUUAGACAAAUAAAGAAAAAUCCUAAGGAUACACGAUACUGCUGUCAGCUCUUGACUGUAUUAAUGUACCUUGCAAACCUUACAGGUAAAAUGGCAGUUUUUGUAACUUAUUGUAGUUUUAUCUGAAAAUUUGAUUUAGGCAGUUAAUAAUGUAUGUAUGGUAUAUUUAAACAACAGUCAUAAAUGCAUGUUGAGUUUGAUAUUAUUUAUCUCAUCUUUGUUUAUUUAGAUAGCAGAUCUAUUUACUUAUGAACAUUAUUAUUAUUACUAUAUAGAUACAUUGCCAACAGUUAGUGUUAACUACUUCAUUUUGGGAUGUAUAUUAUUUUGGAUUUUAGGAAUUGGGAGAAAAAAUGGUAUAAAGGGAGGCUAUUCUGUAUUCUUCGCCUCACCAGCUAGUACUUACAGUAUGCUGCACGCAUAGAACUGUCUUGCUCAACUAGACUUAUCUUAGAAACUGUGUGUGGUUACUUCACACUUUUAAUUUCAUUUCCUUUCUUCUGCCUCGUAUCCCUUCUCUCCCUUACACCCAAGUGACAGUGAUUGAAACACUUCUUACUUGAUAUUAUCCAAAGACAUCAUUUCAGUUUACAUAUCUUAAAUAAAUGUAGAAGAAAACAUUUAUUCCCACUAUGAAAUAAAGAGAAAGCGAUCCAUUUAA